ACCGUCGUAGCGAUCCUGCACGCGUAUACGGCAUUACCCUUCUCGUAGCCACACAUGGCACCUCAUGGAUCGUCGUUUCCGUCGCCGGCGACCCUACCUCCCGGUCCCGGAGCAACGUACUCCCGGCAACUCUGCAUUUCGUACCGCAGCUUCGCCGCUGCUCCGGCGACUCUGCCAUCCACCGCCUUUUCGUUGCCGGCGCCGCCAGCGUUUCUUACCCCGCCGGGCGGACGCAGCCGCUCCAUAGUCGGGCGAUUCAGCCGGGCCUUGGAAUUAGGCCUAGCAGCCAAACCAGAAACCACUACUUGGGCUGGCCCCACACGAUAAAGCAAAUUCCAAUAUUUAAGAGGGUCAGAAUGAAAAAUCCUGUUUAAGUCGAACUCUCUAGUUUCUACCGGAGCGGCGGUUCUCCAGCCUCGUGCUUCGAUCCUGCAAGCUGAGCGACCGACCAACCGAUCGAACCGAGAAACCGUCGUUGGUGCAUGCUCCUGGAUCCGCCUGUAAGUCAUCCCCAGCUAAUCGCUCUUCAUCCUACUGGAGUACCAUUCUGGGACUCUUCUCUUGCGGGUGCCUCCGUUCAUCCCCGACAGUUGAUUCUUGUUACACAAUGAAGAUAGCAUGGAAUAAGAAUGCCAAGACGAAGAGGCAGCUGGUGGUAGCAUCAGCUAAGCCAGGGCUCCCAUUUGGUGCUGAGGGUGACAACGAUGAGGAUGAAAAGAAAGGAAUCGAAGAGGGAGGAACUGAAUAUCCUGCAACCAAGCCACCUGAUACCGCCCAGUCGCUCCAACACCAAGGGAACAGGCUAGCUGAGGAAGGGAAGUACCAUGAAGCGCUCAGUAAGUGGGAGGCUUCACUUAGCUUGGUACCAGAUAAUGCAAUAAUUCACGAACAGAAAGCUCAGGUUUUACUUGAGUUGGGAGAUGCAUGGCGUGCACUGACAGCAGCGACUAGAGCAACAGAAGUUGAACCAUCAUGGCCGGAGGCUUGGGUAACUCUCGGUAGAGCACAGUUAAAUUUUGGAGAGCCAGAUAAAGCCAUUGAAUCUUUUGACAGGGCACUAGCAAUCAAGCCUGACUACAGUGAAGCAAAAGCUGACCGUGAAACCGCAUCCCGUCUUGUAAGAAAAAGAGGACAAUUGCACUCUUCAGGCGAUCUGAAUGCUAACAAGAGACGAUUCACGGUUGGAGGGAAUUCGGAGAAGGAAGUGAAGAAUGAAGAGGAAGAUGCAUGACUCGUGACUGUAGGGUGUAGGCUAUAUAUUCUGUUAUUAAGUUAAGAAAAUUGCGACAGGAGUUGAACAUGAGAGGCUACUGAUUCUGCCACAUUGUCGCGAGUGAAUGACAGAAAAACUACCACAAUUGUGCCAAAAGUGACAAACACCUACCAUUUGACGUGUUUUCCGGUGUUCUACAUGGUUGUCACGUUGGCACAAUUGUGGUAGUUUUUUGUCAUUCACUCAAUUGUCGCUCUUCUGUUGAUUUGAGGGAAGUGGAUGUACGAAAUUUUGACAAAAGAGACCACCUGCCCCAAUUCAUUGACAAAAA